UGCAUCAUGAAUACUCUGUGUGAAGCAAAUGGCUCCUUUGCCAUUAAUCUCUUAAAGAUCCUGUGUCAAAACAGCCCUUCGGAAAAUGUGUGUUACUCUCCUAUGAGCAUCUCCUCUGCUCUAGCUAUGGUCCUCUUGGGGGCCAAGGGAGACACUGCAGUCCAGAUAACUCAGGCACUUGGUUUCAACACAGAGGAAGACAUACAUCAAGGCUUCCAGGGGCUUCUCAGUAACCUGAACAAGUCCAACAAAAAGUACUUGCUUAGAAUGGCCAACAGGCUCUUUGCAGGGAACACCUAUGAAUUUCUGUCUACCUUCAGGGAGUCCUGUCUUCAGCUCUAUCACUCAGAGAUGGAGCAACUUUCCUUUGUCAAGGCUCCAGAGGAGUCCAGGAAACACAUAAACAUGUGGGUCUCCAAGCAGACUGAAGGGAAAAUUCCAGAGUUGCUGCCGGGAGGCUCCAUUGAUUCAGAGACCAGGCUGGUUCUUGUCAAUGCCUUAUAUUUCAAAGGAAGGUGGCAAAAACAGUUUCACAAAGAAAGCACCAGUGAAAUGCCCUUUAAAAUAAACCAGAAGGAGAAACGGCCAGUGCAGAUGAUGUGCAGGGAGGACACUUUUAACCUCGCCUAUGUGGAUGAAAUACAGGCACAGGUGCUGGUGAUGCCUUAUGAGGACAUGGAGCUGAGCAUGGUGGUCCUGCUCCCAGAUGAUGGUGUGGACCUCGGCAAGGUGGAAAACAAUCUCACUUUUGAGAAGUUAACAGCCUGGACCAGACCAGACUUCAUGAAGAGUACUGAGGUUGAGGUUUUCCUUCCAAAGUUUAAACUGCAAGAGGAUUAUGACAUGGAGUCCGUGCUUCAAUGCUUGGGAAUGGUGGAUGUCUUCCAUGGGGGCAAGGCUGACUUAUCAGGAAUGUCUCCAGAGAGAGACCUGUGUCUGUCCAAGUGUGUUCACAAGAGUGUUGUGGAGGUCAACGAAGAAGGCACCGAGGCUGCAGCAUCGGUCAUGGUAACUGUAGUCAGUUUAUCAUGUUCUUAUGUGCCACAGUUCUGUGCAGACCACCCCUUCCUUUUCUUCAUCAGGCACAACAAAACCAAUAGCCUCCUCUUCUGCGGCAGGUUCUCAUCCCCGUAA